AUGUCCUCUGAAACUGUAUUUACUAAGUCUGUCCUUAAAACCAAAAAGAAAACGGUAAUCACAGCAGUUAUUAACUUUAACAUUGGAAUUAACUUUAAAGAUGCAUUUAUUACCGAGGAAAGAACUUUAACUAAUAAAGUUAUUGCUGAACUAGAAAGAAGGAAUAAAGGAGAGGAAAUAAAAGCAGAAGAAAUAAAAGAAAUAUUAGAAAAAAAAUACAAUAGCGUUAGCGAACAGCAGACCAAAGUCAAAAAUGGUAUUGAGAGUGAAUUAGCCAACAAAAGAAGUUUAAAAAAAGAAGCGGCUAUUGAUUUAGUCAAAGAGGCCGGCAAAGACACUAAGAAUAGAACUAUUUUCACUAAAAAAGAUUUCAAAUUCGAAUUUAAUCUUUUCGCCAAUUUUGUUCGUUACUAUAUUACUGCUCAAAGGUUAAACGGUGAAAUAAACAAAAUAGUUGAUGCUUUAAUGACGAUAGAUGACCUUUCCAGCAACUUGUCUGUUGUCAGCGAGAGUGCUAAGAUUCUUAAUCGAGAAACUACUCCUAUUCUGCCAGCACCUCCCGCUAAAAAUCUCCCUUUCCAAAACGGCGAUCUAGUUUUCCAAAAUGUUGUAUUUGCUUACCCAAAAAGACCUCAGCAAGACAUUUUGCGCAAUUUUUCUUUCCGGUUUGUUCGAGGAAAAAUCUACGGCAUUGCUGGUAAAAAUGGUAUUGGUAAAAGCACCAUUACUAAAACUACCUUGAAACUUUAUGAAAUAAAAGAAGGACAAAUUUUAAUUGGCAAAAACAAUAUUCAAGAAAUAGAAACUACUAGUCUUCAUCGUCAUGUUUGUUACCAAACUAACCGUCCUAUCUUCUUCCAAAUGAGUAUUGCUGAAAAUGUUUUCUAUCCAAAUGAAUAUGAUAAGAAAGAUUUAGAUAAAUUAGUUGUUGCUGCUCAAAAAGUUGGAAUUUACGAGUUUAUUACCAGUCUUCCUAAUGGUUUUGAAACAAUAUUAAAAGAAGGAGGAACCGAUUUGUCCGAAGGGCAGAAGCAACAGAUUAAAGCCAUGCAGAUGUUUAUUUAUGAAUAUGAUAUUUACAUUUUAGACGAGAUUUUAAGUAAUGUUCAUCCGGUCUUGAAAGAAACCAUUUUGGACAACAUUUUUGAUAAAAUAAAAGGUAGCACUGUUUUAGUAAUUGACCAUCAUUACAGAAUUUUCCAUUACGUUGAUUAUGUCUAUCAGUUUACUGGUGAGAAACUAAUCAAAAUGAAAAAAAGUGAUUUUGUGAGUUAA